AUGGCUAACUUUGAAUGUGCUGGGUGCCCUAACGCACUGGAUAACUCCAUGUCAUUGCAAUGUCACCGAUGCAAUGACAAAUAUCAUGUAGCAUGCACGCGAAUCACAAUGCAAGAUUUUAACGUGAUGAGUUCGGAAAUGAAGAGUUUAUGGAACACUCCAGUUCGAAACUCACCGGUGGAAAUGGAAUUCGUAACUCAACGUGUAAAAAGUCGUUCUAAUUGCUCUUGUUUAUCGGCUAGUAAUAUACGUGAAAUAAUUAGAGAGGAAUUGCGCAACAUUUUUAGUAACGAUUUACAUCCUAAAAUUCACGAAAUAAAAAAUACACUUGCCUCAUUUGAAACUUCUUUGUCGUCGUUAAACCAAGAUAUAGAUAAAAUUGAAUCCGAUCAUGCUAACCAAUCUGCACAAAUGCAACACAUUACUAAGGAGAACGAAACUGCGUGCAGCUAG